GUGAAUGCGGGAGGAAGAAAUGGAAUCUUCGUCAGAAGGUGAGACAAACAAGAUUUCCCGAUGCAAAGCCACUGGUUCAGACAAUCCUGAUGAGGACUACGUCGAGAUCACACUCGAAGUGCGAGACGAAACCAUCAACACAAUGAAGGCCAAGGCGACACUUCGUUCGGUUCUUUCCGGGAGGCUGAAAACGAUGGUUAAGUCGCUAUCGUUUGCUUCACGCCGGCUCGACCGUAGUAAGUCGUUCGGUGCUAUGUUUGCUCUUCGAGGGUUGAGGUUCAUUGCCAAAAACGACGCCGUUGGUAGAGGCUGGGAUGAGGUUGCAAUGAGGUUUGAUAAGUUGGCCGUUGAAGGGAAACUCCCUAAAUCCAAAUUUGGACAUUGCAUAGGAAUGGUUGAAUCUAGCGAAUUUGUGAACGAGCUUUUUGAGGCGUUGGUCCGAAGGAGAGGGACUACGUCAUCGUCAAUCACCAAAACUGAAUUGUUUGAAUUCUGGGAGCAGAUCACAGGCAAUAGUUUUGAUGAUAGGCUGCAAAUCUUUUUUGAUAUGGUGGACAAAAAUUUGGACGGACGUAUUACAGGAGAUGAGGUUAAGGAGAUAAUUGCUUUAAGUGCUUCGGCUAACAAGCUAUCAAAGAUUAAAGAAAAUGUAGAUGAAUAUGCUGCCUUGAUCAUGGAAGAACUAGAUCGCGACAACCUCGGAUAUAUUGAGUUACAUAACUUGGAAACAUUGCUUCUCCAAGUUCCUAGCCAAUCAAAUAACAGUCCAUCUUCCGCGAACAAACGUGCACUCAACAAGAUGUUGAGCCAGAAGCUCAUACCAACAAAAGAUCGAAACCCGGUGAAAAGAUUUGCUAUGAAUAUAUCAUACUUCUUCUUGGAAAAUUGGAAAAGGAUUUGGGUGUUAACAUUGUGGAUAUCCAUUUGCAUCACUCUCUUCACUUGGAAAUUUCUCCAGUAUAAACGCAAAACCGUGUUCGAGGUGAUGGGCUACUGUGUUACCGUGGCCAAAGGCAGUGCAGAGACCUUGAAAUUCAACAUGGCUCUCAUUCUCUUGCCCGUUUGUAGGAACACUAUCACUUGGCUAAGGACCAAGUCCAAGCUUAUUGGGUCUGUUGUUCCAUUUGAUGACAAUAUCAAUUUCCACAAGGUUGUUGCAUUUGGGAUCGCGGUUGGAAUAGGCUUGCACGCUAUAUCUCACCUGGCAUGUGAUUUCCCGCGUUUGCUGCAUGCAAAAAAUGUAGAGUUUGAGCCAAUGAAAAAGUUUUUCGGAGACGAGAGGCCUGAAAAUUAUGGAUGGUUCAUGAAAGGGACAGACGGGUGGACCGGUGUUACCAUGGUGGUUCUUAUGUUAGUGGCCUACGUCUUGGCGCAGUCGUGGUUCAGACGAAACCGGGCAAACCUACCAAAAUCGUUGAAACGAUUGACUGGUUUCAACGCAUUUUGGUACUCACACCAUUUGUUUGUCAUCGUUUAUGUUCUUCUCAUCGUGCAUGGCUAUUUUGUUUAUCUCUCAAAGGAAUGGUACCACAAGACGACGUGGAUGUAUCUGGCAGUUCCCGUACUACUAUAUGCAUUUGAACGAUUGAUUCGUGCAUUUAGACCAGGUGCCAAGGCUGUCAAGGUUUUGAAGGUGGCAGUAUAUCCAGGAAAUGUACUUUCACUUUACAUGUCGAAGCCUAAAGGUUUCAAGUACACAAGUGGACAGUACAUAUAUAUUAACUGUUCUGACGUCUCACCAUUACAAUGGCAUCCGUUUUCAAUUACUUCGGCUUCCGGGGAUGAUUACCUCAGCGUUCAUAUCCGCACACUCGGAGACUGGACAUCGCAACUCAAAUCCUUAUAUUCCAAGGUUACUAUUUUUCAAGAGUAACAUUUGUGAAUUAAUGAUAUAUGUACUUGAUUUGUUUAAUUACAAAACCAUAGGUUUGUCAACUUCCCUCAACAAGUCAAAGUGGGCUCUUCAUAGCUGACAUAGGUCAAGCCAACAAUAUAACCAGGUUUCCGAGGCUGUUAAUCGAUGGUCCAUAUGGUGCACCCGCACAAGAUUACCGGAACUACGAUGUAUUGCUUCUAGUAGGUCUAGGGAUCGGAGCGACGCCAUUAAUCAGCAUAAUCAGGGACGUCCUUAACAACAUCAAGAACCAGAAUUCCAUCGAACGAGGCACUAACCAACACAUAAAAAACUAUGUUGCCACAAAACGAGCUUAUUUUUAUUGGGUAACAAGAGAGCAAGGAUCAUUGGAAUGGUUCAGUGAGGUCAUGAACGAGGUAGCUGAGUAUGAUAGUGAGGGGAUGAUUGAACUACAUAAUUACUGCACUAGCGUGUAUGAGGAAGGAGAUGCGAGGUCAGCACUAAUCACCAUGUUGCAGUCAUUGCACCACGCCAAGAGCGGCAUUGACAUCGUAUCGGGCACUCGGGUCCGAACCCAUUUCGCUCGACCCAAUUGGCGUAGUGUCUUCAAGCACGUCGCAGUCAACCACGUCAAUCAACGAGUUGGGGUUUUCUACUGUGGUAAUACAUGCAUCAUAGGAGAGUUAAAGAGACUGGCUCAAGAUUUCUCUAGGAAAACUACGACCAAGUUUGAGUUCCACAAGGAAAAUUUCUAGUUUCGAUUCUAUUCAUCCAUCAGACCAUCAUUAGAAAAUAAUAAGCAAAAUAUGUCAAGCUGAUAUCUAUUAUAAUUAUAACCACACUUUG